GCUGGUAGAGUCAGUCUUCGGCCGCCUGCGAUCCAAGACGGCCCCAUCAGGUCGACCAACAGAAUGUUUUACUACAACACAGCUCUAAAGUAUUGUGCGUUAAAGAACAAAACAAUAACAGUGGCCAUUUUUUAACGGUAUAAACGCAUCGAAGCUCAUGUGACGGUUGGAGAAAGCUCAUAACGCGGAUGAAACAUGUUGCUCCCGGGAAUGGGAAUAGUUUACCUGUUGUAUUUGUUACUCCUAGUGGGUGCAGUGUGUGGUGGUUCUAGGGACAAGGAAGGAAAAAAGAAACAGCUCGAUUAUACAAGACGGUUAUCGUAUGAUGUAGCACGGACUAGAGGUUACGUGUCUGUACCGGAACGGGAACAGGAGUUUAUAAAAGGGAAAAUAUGCAUUGGUACAAACGGACGUUGGUCAGUUCCGUCAAACAGGGAGCAUCACUACAGGAACCUGAAGAAUCGCUAUACGAAUUGUACUUACGUGGACGGCAAUUUGGAACUCACCUGGUUACAAGACGAAAACUUCGAUCUCAGUUUUUUACAAUACAUCCGAGAAGUGACGGGCUACGUUCUCAUUUCGCAUGUUGAUUUAAGGCGAGUCGUGUUACCACGUCUACAAAUAAUCCGCGGACGAACUUUAUUCAAAAUGACCAGUUACACUGAGGAAUUUGCUAUAAUCGUUACAACAUCAAAGAUGUAUUCGCUCGAGCUUCCCGCACUACGUGAUGUACUAAGUGGCAGCGUGGGCCUUUUUAGUAACUACAAUCUUUGUCACGUCAAGACAAUAAACUGGGAUGAAAUAAUUUCUGAUCCAAAAGGUCAUUAUGUAUAUCGGUACAACUUCGUUUCACCUGAAAGAGAGUGCCCUCCGUGUCACAAAAGUUGUGAGCAUGGAUGCUGGGGUGAAGGCGAGGAAAACUGUCAGAAGUUUUCCAAGGUUACAUGUAGUCCUCAAUGUUAUCAGGGUCGAUGUUUUGGUUCAAAUCCUAGAGAAUGUUGUCAUCUGUUUUGUGCGGGUGGUUGUACGGGUCCAAAACAAAGCGAUUGUAUUGCGUGCAAAAAUUUCUAUGACGAUGGGGUUUGUACACAAGAAUGUCCACCAAUGCAAAUAUACAAUCCCAUCACCUAUUCUUGGGAACCAAAUCCAAGUGGAAAAUAUGCAUAUGGAGCAACAUGCGUUAAAAAUUGUCCAGAACAUCUUCUCAAGGACAACGGUGCGUGUGUGAAAUCGUGUCCACUAAGUAAGAAAGCGGUAAACGGGGAAUGUAUACCUUGUAAUGGUCCCUGUCCAAAAACUUGUCAUGGCGAUGUACCGAUUAAUGCAGCAAACAUCGAUGAUUUUAAAGAUUGUACAGUAAUUGAAGGUUAUAUACACAUUUUAGAGAACAGUUUUACUGGUUAUCAACAUGUUUAUUCUAAUUCAACUUUUGGGGAACGCUACCCACCCAUGCAUCCGAACCGCUUAGAGGUUUUCAGCACUUUAAAAGAAAUCACAGGUUUUCUAAAUAUUCAAGCCUAUCAUCCAGACUUUAAAAAUCUUUCAUACUUUCGAAAUCUAGAGAUAAUUGGAGGUAGAACUGUUCACGAUUACUUUUCUUCCCUGUAUAUUGUUAAAACUUCAUUGGAAUCCCUUGAACUAAAAUCACUAAAGAAAAUUAAUUCUGGCACGGUCGUUAUUUUGGAAAAUAAACAUUUAUGCUUUGCUGAUGGAAUUAAUUGGCGUAAAAUAAUUAAAAGCUCCGAACAUAUGGCAUUUCUUCAAAACAACAAAGAUUUGAAAAAAUGUGCAGCAAGUGGAUUAGUAUGUGAUGAACAAUGUAGUAACGAUGGAUGUUGGGGCCCUGGACCAGAUCAAUGUUUAUCUUGUGCACACUUCAGCUUAGGAAGCACUUGUUUGCAAAACUGCAGCAUUAUGCCAAGAAUUUAUCAAGCCAGUUCUGAAGUUUGUGAAUACUGUAAUGAACAAUGUGAAAGUUCCUGCUCUGGCCCAGGUCCCGAACACUGUACAACGUGCAAGCAUUUUAGGGAUGGUCCAUACUGUGUUUCAAAAUGCCCUAUUACCAAAUACGAGGAUAAUGGAGAAUGUAAAUUGUGUCAUCCAAAUUGUGUUGAUGGGUGCACUGGACCGAAGAACACUAUUGGACCUGGGGCUUGUAACUCAUGUGAUAAGGCUGUAAUGAACGAAAAUGCUACAGUUGACGUAUGUUUGCAUAAGAAUGAUCCAUGUCCUACUGGGUACUUCUUUGAAUGGGUUAGACCUCAAGAGCAGGAGUUCCUCAGGCCACUUUCUGGAAAAGCUAUUUGUCGUAAAUGUCACCCGAGGUGUAAAAAAUGUACAGGUUAUGGAUUUCAUGAGCUUGUAUGUCAAGAAUGUACUAAUUAUAAAAAAGGCGAGCAGUGCGAAGAUGAAUGCCUUUCUGAUUACUAUGCCGAUGACACUACUCAAAACUGUCUUCCGUGUCAUCAGGAAUGUAGAGGAUGUAAGGGUCCCGGGCCAGAAAAUUGUCUCGCUUGUUAUAAUUUAAAAAUAUAUCCAGAUGGAAACCCAUCGCUUAAUGCUUCUUUUAUAUGCACACCGAAUUGCUCAUCUGAGUAUCCGCAUAAAGUCGUCCCACAAGAUAAUUCUGAUGCAUAUUGUUCUGAAAUUGUUUUAGGCGCUUUAGAGGCUAAUUUGACAACAACAAUGAUCAUUACUGUUGUUGCAGUGGUAGCCUGUGGUAUCAUUGGGGCUAUUAUAUGGUUUAUAUUCCAUUAUCGAAGUGAAAUGAAAGUUAAAGAAAAUGCCAUUAAAAUGUCCAUGGCUUUAACAGGCUUGGAAGAUAAUGAACCAUUACGUCCCACAAAUGCCCCUCCUAAUCUUGCUAAACUAAGAAUCAUUAAAGAAGCAGAAAUGAGAAGAGGUGGAAUUUUGGGCUUUGGAGCAUUCGGAACUGUGUACAAGGGAGUAUGGAUUCCUGAAGGAGAAACAACAAAGGUUCCGGUUGCAAUUAAGAUUUUACGUGAUGAUACCGGUGCAAAUAGCAGUAAGGAAUUUUUGGAGGAAGCGUAUAUAAUGGCUACGGUAGACCACCCUAAUUUAUUACAACUUCUUGCCGUUUGCAUGACUUCGCAAAUGAUGCUUGUAACGCAACUAAUGCCGCUAGGUUGCUUAUUAGAUUUUGUACGUAAUAAUAGUAAUAAAAUUGGAUCUAAACUACUUUUAAAUUGGUGCACACAAAUAGCUAGAGGAAUGGCCUAUUUGGAAGAAAAAAGGCUGGUGCAUCGAGAUCUUGCAGCUAGAAAUGUACUGGUACAAACGCCAGCAUGUGUCAAAAUUACUGAUUUUGGUUUGGCGAAAUUAUUAGAUAUAAAUGAAGAAGAGUAUAAAGCCGAUGGGGGUAAAAUGCCAAUAAAAUGGCUAGCUUUGGAGUGUAUUCAACAUCGUAUUUUUACUCAUAAAUCGGACGUUUGGGCGUUUGGCGUUACGGUAUGGGAAUUAUUAACUUUUGGUGGGAAACCAUACGAUAAUGUACCAGCUAGAAAUGUUCCUGAGUUAUUAGAAAAAGGUGAACGGCUUCCCCAACCUAUGAUUUGCACAAUUGAUGUAUAUAUGAUCAUGAUUAAGUGUUGGAUGUUGGAUGCAGAAAGUCGACCGAGUUUUAAGGAACUAGCAGAAGAUUUCACGAAGAUGACCCGAGAUCCAGGCCGAUUUCUUGUCAUUCCUGGUGACAGACAUUUGAAAACUUUCCAAAAUCAAGAUGAGAAAGACGUGAGACAUUUGGGAUUUUCCUUGGAGCAUUCCAGCAGCCAAUCAGAAGGCGAUGAAUGCUUGCAACCUUCAUCUCGAGCACCUGUUUCCUUUGAUUCUUUUUUAAACUCACCACAAUCAAUACGUAUGAAGCUUUGGCCUUCACAAUCUGUUGUAACUUCUGAUGGUAGUUGUGCUCCUCAAAAUCAACACAACUGGAAUCAGGAACGUCUUCGAUAUGCUCAGCAACAUGGUCUUAAUCCAAGAAUGAUAAGUUUAGGCAACGAAUCUGAUUGUUCAAGUUUAAAAUGUAGCAGCGAUGGUAAAACUGAUAUAGAUGAAUACGAUUCGGGUAGAUCUCAAGCCCAAGUGGGUACACUUAAACUCGAGCUUCCUGUAGACGAAGACGACUAUCUUAUGCCAUCUCCUCAGCAGACUCAAGGUGCUUCCACUUAUGUGGACUUGAUAGAAGAGUCAGUAAGACAUUCGGAUAAUAGUGCUAGUGAUAGUGCAGAGUUUUGUAAAACAAAUAUAGAUAACCCUGAGUAUCUUAUGAACAAUGAUGCUCCUUCUCAAACAAUUGGGAUUCCAACUGUAUCUCAAGUGGUACAAUCAAAUGGAGUUUCAACUUGCAAUGUAAUGUUAAAUGUUCAGCAACCACAAUUGUUGCGACCAUCUUCUUAUGUGCCUCAGAAAAGUUCAGAAGAGGAAUCUGAUCAUGAGUAUUAUAACGAUUUUGAUAGGCUUAAAAGGGAAUUGCAACCUCUCAAAUAUAAAGGUGAAACAACUGUCUAAAUAUUAACUCUUUGAAAGUUUUUAAAGAAAUUAGAUAUUGGUAUUGUGAAAUGCCACUCACUGUUUAUUAACGCCGUCUUCCAAACUGAUAAACAUUUUGCCACACUGACUAGCUUUAAGUUAUGCGGCAACAUGUAAAUAAAAUCAUUGUAUACUAUAUCAAUAGAGCAAAUGCCUUAAUUUUAUCCCAUUAAUUCAAUACUUACAAGUGUACUGUAAAGAAAUAUUGGAAGUGACUGGUUUUACUUAAAUAGCAAUAAGAUAAUGAUAUGAUGCAUUUUAUAAAUGAUAAGUAGGUAGGUAGAAGGUGAGUGAAAAAAUGUAGAAUUAAAAUCAUAUGCGUGGGACGCUAGACAAUAAUAUUGUGCCAUCACAUGUGAAUACAUACUUAGUGUAUGUAAAUGGCAUAUUCAAAAUCAAAAGUUAAUGUAAAUAGUUUUACUAUUGUUUAUAAGUCAUUCUGUACAUUUAAAGGGUUUUUACUUUUUUACUUUCCCAUUUUGUCGUUUUUAAAUAGUGUUCAUAUAUAAAAUUAGAAUUGGCUAAUUCAGGGUUUUUUAACCUUAACUAUACUUUUCUUGCGAGAAUAAGUAAACUAUUCGAAAGUGCUUGAAGAAUGUUCUUGCCCUUUUAUGACUGUGAUACUAGUUUUAACAAAAAGUAAUUUUAUUGUUAUGUUUUUAAAACUUUCUCUGUUGAUCUUGUGUAUUUCUCGAAUUAUAAUAUUUUGUACAAUGCGUACCUAUCCAAAAAAAAAUUAUUAAAUUUCCUGUUUAUGUUUUUGUAUUUUUGACUUACUUUUUCUAAUAUUUAUUUUUAAUUACAAGUACAAGGUGCCUUACUAUUUUACAAGUUAUUUCACCUUGUUUUUUUGUGUAUCUUCUAUUCAGUAACAAUACAUAAGACCAAUUUAUGUUAUAUUUAUAUAUAUAUACUGUACUUUUAAAUCAAAAUAUGAAAAAGACAAUCCUGGCGUUUAAAAUCUGACGAAUUAUUUGUAAACAUAUGGUGAAGCAACUUGUAAGUAUUUUUGUUACUAUGUUAUAAAAAUAUUUCUAAAAUAUCUUCUAGUGCCAUUAGACUAAAACUAAAACGCACAUAUUUGGUGAACUCUUGUGCCUUGUAAGAGAAAAUGAUAAUGUACAGACAAAAGUAUUUUAAUAAAAUUGUGUAAGAUUUC